UUUGGAAACGCUCUGGGGGUGGGAGGAGUUAACUCAACGUCCGAGCCGUCGGCUGCUCUUAAAACUUCGAUCCGUCCCUGGAACAUGGCAGCGCUUACGAGUGAGACAUGUGCGGCCGUGGAGCGGUCGAUUCGCCGGCGGGUUCCGCCGCUGCUCACGGACCUCUACCAGUUCACCAUGGCCUACGCCUACUGGCGGGCGGGCAGACACAACGAGCCGGCCGUUUUUGAGCUCUUUUUCCGGAGCAACCCCUUCGGCGGAGGUUUCUCCCUGUUUACAGGGCUGCAAGACUGCCUGCUUUUCCUGCGGAACUUCCAGUUCACGGAUGAAGAUGUGGAGUACCUGCGCUCAGUGCUGCCCCCUGGCUCUGACCCCGCCUUCUUCUCCUACCUGCGGGAGCUGGACAGCAGCGGGGUCACGGUGCGCUCCGUACCUGAGGGGGCCGUGGUCUUCGCCCGGGUUCCCCUGAUGGAGGUGUCUGGCCCUCUGGCUGUGGUGCAGCUGCUGGAGACCAGUCUCCUGUGCCUGGUCAACUAUGCCAGUCUGGUGUGCAGUAACGCGGCGCGGUUCCGGCUGGCUGCGGGCUGGAGGCGGAGCCUGGUGGAGAUGGGCCUGCGGAGGGCGCAGGGGCCGGACGGCGGUCUGAGCGCCUCCCGCUACUCCUACAUGGGGGGGUUUGAUAUGACCAGUAAUGUCCUGGCCGGCUACCUGUUUGGGAUCCCGGUGGCCGGCACCAUGGCUCACUCCUAUGUCACUUCCUUUUCCUGUCUGGAGGAGGUGUGGCCUCAGAGCUUGGUGCCGGCCGAUGGGGGCAGUGGUGGGUCUGACCCUGUUGACCUCCUGUCCCUGAGCAGGGAUUGGCUGGGGCGGGUGUGUGAGCUGCUGGGGGCGGAGCCGGGCGCGGCCCACGAGGGGGAGCUGGCCGCCUUCCUGUCGUACGCCAUCGCCUUCCCUCGCAACUUCCUGCCCGUCAUCGACUCCUACAGUGUCGCCAGCAGCGGGCUGGUGAACUUCUGCGCCGUGGCCCUGUCCCUGUGUGACCUGCACUACCAGCCGCUGGGGGUGCGUCUGGACAGUGGAGACCUCUGCAGGCAGUCCCUGGAAGUGCGGAGGGUCUUCCGAGCCUGUGGAGACGGAUUCUCAGUUCCUGCCUUCCACUCCCUGAUUAUCGUGGGAACAAAUGGCAUCACAGAGCAGAGCAUACAGGAGCUGAGCAAGAAGGAGAAUGAGAUCGAUGCUGUGGGGGUGGGCACUCACCUGGUCACCUGCUCUCAGCAGCCCUCCCUCGGCUGUGUGUACAAGCUGGUGGAGGUGAGGGGCAGCCCCAAGAUGAAGAUGACUGAGGACCCAGAGAAGAGCACUGUGCCGGGGAAGAAGGCUGUGUACCGACUGCUGGACGCCCAGGGCCAGCCCUUCCUGGAUCUACUCUGUCUGUCUGAGGAGCCGGCCCCUCUGGUGGGCGUGGCCCUCCGGUGCCUCCCUCUCGGGGGCGAACGGGACGUUGUCACGGUAACGGCCUCCCGUGUGACCAGACUGCGGCAGGAAGUCUUCUCUCAGGGACAGAUCACCCAUCCCCUAAGAACUGCAGCGGAGGUCAGAGAGAGUGUUCAGAGCUCCCUAAAAGCCCUGCCCCCCCGACACAAGAGGCUAAAGGACCCCGACAUGUACACAGUGGCAGUGUCUGAGAAACUGCACGCGGUUCUGAAAGAGGUCCGGCGCAGUGGAAGCAAGCUGAACGACAAGAUCCCCGUGGACCGCGGCGACCGCACCGCGCAGAACGACGUCGGCCUUAAUCACGUCUGAGGGCACACGAGAGAGAGAGAGAGAGAAGUUAUGGCUUGUGAAAGCGUUACUUAAAAACAGUCCAGUUUUCAGUGAUAGAACCAGGCGUGAAGAGGAGGUUCGGUAUUUCUGGUGUGUUUACCAUUUUCGAUUUGAGCGUUUGGUCGGUGUGGGCUGGUUGAUCGCUCAUCAACCAUGAAGUGCCAUUGCUGGUGGACCUGGCUAAUAUUCUUUGCAUCCACAGCUGUAUUCCAAUGAAGUGUUUUCAGAGUAAUGUCGUUCCUCACGUGGAUUAUGGGCAGACACGUCGUCACGGGAGGAGCUGUGUGCUAGUGUGAGGGUGUGCAUGUUAAAGGCCUACUCCGCAGGAUUUUUACCGAAAGAAUACAAUAGGGAGGUAAAGCGGACGUAUCGGAGAACGAUGCUCCCUCGGUAUACUGCUCCCUCUUAAAUAGAGCGACGAAAGCUAAAUAUAAGUGAACUACGUAACGUUGAAGUCCGGAUUCAAAGUGUGUUUUUCGUGUUUUAAAUGCAUAGCGAUAUACUGAAUAUAAUGGAUUUCAGUUCGUAAAAAGUCAUGUUCGUUCAGUUUGUAGAUGACUGAGAGAGGCUAACACUCAGCCUCCCGUAAUCCUUUCCCUGCAGUUGAUCUGCAUGCUGUCCGUCAGUCUGAAUUCUGCCAUUCAGCCUUUGCCAUAGAUGGACAUGGACAUAGACAUAAAAAUGGGAUCACACUUUAGAAUACGGUUCAUGAAUUGGCAGUAAGUAAUGUCCUUGUUAACAUGAAUUAAUGAUAGUCAAAUGCAUGAAUUAAGCAUGCAAUUCACUUUUCGUUCGUUAAUGUAUUUCUUAACCAUUAACUAACGUGUUUGUUGUACGAUAUUCAUACUUUAGCGAACCAUAGGGUGAACGUUUAGUACGUAGUUGACCAUUAACAAAUGCAUUAACUGACUUUUUCAUUCCAAUAUGAAUUGGCACAUAGCUAAUGUAGUUGUUAACAUGAAUUGAUGAUGUACAAAUGCAUGAACAGAGCUGUACAGAUUAACGUCUCAGUAGUAGUUAGUUAGCAGCUACAUUAGUUCAUGCCAAAUCAUGGACCCUUUUUGUAAAGCGUUACCAAUAAUGACAUGGAAACGGAUUUAAAAUAUAAAAAACGAGGUCAGUGGGUGGGGCUGAUGAGGCAGAGCCUUGGUUGUAAAUACAGACCGACAGAGGCCAGAAAUCCUGCAUUGUAUGCCUUUAAACUGUUUAAUUGUCAUAAAGGCGGCAUUACCCAGAAUGCACAGCUCACAAGUAAUGAUGUCAUUCACUUGCAGCCGUUUUUGCCAGUAAUUCAAAGUUUAUAUUAAAAUAUAAAAUGUACUAAAACCAGACAUCUGUAAGUACUCCGUAAUCUCAACAGGUAAUUUAAUUACAACAUUAUCAUUAAUUAACAUAGGACUUGGAGAGCUCUUUACACAGUAUUUUCCAGUCAGUAGUAUCAAAGUAUCAGUGGAACUACAGAAGCGUACGCGCGUAACAUUUUUGAAAAAGCAUUUUUGUCAUGUUUAUAUGCUAAUGUCUAUACUUGUAUGAAAAUAUAAUUUAAUGUGAACUAAGAUGACUGCAGAAACGUAAUGUUGGCAAUAGGCACAACACUGUUUUUAUCAUCAACUAUUACCAUUAAAAUGUUAUUAAAAUC